UAAAGAAGCACCAAACCAGACCAUGUCUCCCGUUACUCUUUCCUUCCCUCAGUUUCCUGAGUGCUCAGUUCAUGUCACUGUGUGGUGUAAAAUCUCCAAUACGGCCGCUAUUAAACAACAGUUGAUGGAAGGGAACCAGAAUUACGGUCACUUUGCCUUCAUCAACAGCGAUAUGGUCACCAGCAAGGCGCAUCUCUACUCGGCAAUCUACCGGACGUUAACCAACCAGGUUAACGGUACUAUGACGUCCAGAAAUUUGAACAGCGAAGCCACUAUCUCGCUCUCCAUGAACAACAAGAAGAUCACCGACAACUUGAAGAAGUUUGGGAUAAACGAGCAUAGUGAGCGUAUCAUCGUGUUGGAGUUUUUUGAGGAAAAUGGUGUAGAUCACUGUGAUUCGUUGAAAACAUUGAUCGAGGGCGAAGAAGCCGAGUUUACGGACGCAUUUUUAAGAGCACACAUCAAUUGGGGUGAGUUGAUAAAGGUGUACAAAUUGGACAAGAACAAGGAAAUGUACUACAAGGAGGAACAGAACCGUGAGGAGCUCUUCAAUGUGUUGAAUGGUUCCAUCCAGUUAAAUGGGUUUUGAGGGGGGUUGGAGUGAUCGGGAGAGAGAGUGGUUAUUCGAUGAAAUCACGAUAAUAGUCGGUGAAACUCAGCAAAUGUGGUUCAAACAUGUCCAAGCUCCUUUAUAAUAACCAAACUUCACGAAUUGUAUAAUAUGAAAAUGAGAUAAAUCAAUGAUGAAACUACGCUGAAAAUUCACAACGAUCAGAAGUACCUCUCUUCGCCUUGACUAUAAGCUUGGAAUACCCCUGAACUAGUGACGGAAGCUUGGAACUGACUUUUUUUUACCUCUUUCUGUUAAUUUAAGGGCAGAUAGAUCUCUUGUAAAUGCUAAUUUCCCCUACCUUACUAGUUAAUGCCUUAGUACCACCACAAAAUCUGGACUUGAA